GCGCUGCGUGCCCUCCCAGUGCCGCCACACAGGAGCUGAGCAGCCACACCGGGACGCUCUCCAGAUUUGGCUUCACUUUUAUCAAGAACAUGCUUUUUCAACCCUCUCCCGCAAGAGAAUUGAGGAAAGGCCCAAGCACAUUAAAUGAAAUCCUCCCAGGCACACAAAGUUAAUUCAUUACCUCAAAGACAGGCCAGAAAAUCUCCAGAAAUUCAUAAAUACCGAGACUCAGUCAUGUCCAAGGACGAAACUUGCAAAGUGACGUCUGCCAACAAACACAAGGAGCGCAAGCCUAAGAAGCCUCACUAUAUUCCUCGACCAUGGGGCAAACCGUACAACUACAAAUGCUUCCAGUGCCCCUUCACAUGCAUGGAGAAAUCGCACCUAUACAACCACAUGAAGUACAGCCUGUGUAAGAACUCUUUAUCUCUGCUCAUAGAGUCAGACUGGCCUUAUAAAAAGGGCAACAUCCUGCACUCAGACCAGCUUCAACCCUUUAAGCAGGCACACGAUUUCCAUGCUUCGGGAAACGAUGAACCACAACAGGCGUCACAGACGGAAGAGAGACAGCGGCAACAGAGGAACGUAGCCGAGGAAAGAGAGGACAGGGGAAAACUGGGACAAGACAGUGAGGAAAACCGAGGGGAUGUUGCCGGGCCGGCAACAGAGAGGGUUAGUAACAGCAGGAGCGCAGGAGACGCUGCAGAUCACUCUGCCAAGAACAUCAAACAACCAGAAUCAGUGCUUCUGAUGUCUGACAUGCUCUCCCUGGAGGACCACCUGUUACGAGCACAUUCAUUAGAAGUAGAGGAUCAGCUUAAACAUUAUAAACUAUCCAAGAAUUGUCUCUCUGAACAGUGGCGGCGGUUAACAUCCGGCCACACUAAGGCCAAAUCAGAAGGAUCGCUGCCUCGAGUGACUUCUAUUCCCUGUUACCCUCCUCCUCCAAACCUCAUUGAUUACCAGGAUCCCGCUGGACUCAACCUCUCAGUGCUUGGGGUGGGCUAUCCCAUCAGCCCCAGCCUCCCUUCCUACAUGAACUCAGUUCUUUCAGCUCCUGCCACAGUUGUGACUGCCCAGACCCACGCACAGCUCACUCAGCUUCCCUUCCUGGCAUCAGCAGCUCAACUGAUGCACCCGGCUUCCAGCGUGCACACAGACAGGACCCUGAUCCCUCCUCGUCUAUAUUACCCAUUCCUGUAUGAGCACACGUUCAGACCAGCCGCCUGUCAGAGUGAUGCCAGCAAACCUGCGAAAUCAUCCUCGAACAAUCCCCAAUCUACCUGCCAGCCUAAAGUCAGUCUGUGGAAGGUGCCGGCUUUGCGGCCGGGGACGACUGCUGCCUCCGCUGCUGACUGGGCGUCACCACAGAGCUACAGGCUCGGUGAUAAACUGCAGGCUGCAGCCAAAGACGGCAAAGCAAGCGCGGAUCUGAAGAGGACAGGGGCUCCACUGGGGAACCACGAGGCACCCAUGGAGAAGAAGCCAGCCAUGGGCUGUUCUCUGGAUGUCCUGAAGAAUAUUCAGACUGUAGCCUCACUAUCAGCAGCAGAAAACCUUCCCUUCCAGAACAGUUUACCAGAUGUGCAGCUUCCGUCCUGGCCCACUGAACUGUGGUACAGUGAUCCCGUCACCAGUCCCAAAAGUGAAGUAUCCUCUGUGUCAACAUUUGGAAGACCCAACAGCCACGAAGUGACUGCAGUCCGGACGAUUGGAGACGGCGCCUCAGAGUCAGUGGGAGCUCUGUUAAGCAACCUGUCCAAGGCCUUAGAGGAGUACCAAGAGGCCGAGCAGAGAAUCUCCAACCUGGAGAAGGAGGAUCUCUCUGCCCAGCACCACCUCUGGGAUCACCUGAGCAAAAUCCGAAGUGAACUGUCCCACAUAAACCAGGCGCUGGAGAGGACAGCUGAGCAGAGCGAUGGGCCUCUUGACCUCUCAGUCAAGAGGGAGUCGAUGGGUUUUGCUGGAGAGGACGGCAGUCUGAAGGACAACGGCACAGAGACAGAGGACGACAACGACGAGCUGGAGGAGAGAAGGGAAGAAGCGGAGGAUGAGAGUAAAAAGAAGGCAAUGAAGGCUUCGUUAGAGAGUCGUAAAAAGUCGUUGGACAUUUUGAUUAAAAUGAGUCAGGCGUCCAUGGUGAACACAGACCUCCUCUCUCCUGGCGGUCUUGCCAUCAGUCCAGCCGAGGCCUUAUGGCCAAACAGAACCACCAAGUGUGAGGCAGACUCCAGCGUCCUCCUCUGCCCCGACGGCCGAUCCGUGGUGUUCACUGACGUCCCUGCUUCUACGAAAACAUCCACUAAACCUCUGUCCAUACAGCGACUGGAAGCUCCGUGUCCUCCGAGCCCUUUGACGGCGACUGACAACUGACAGCUUCUGUCCCUCCGACUGUAAAAUAGUUGAUUCUAUAUUAUCACUGGCAUGCCUUUGAUUUUCAGUGGCCACAGCUCGUCUACCUUCACUAAUGUUUCAGACGUUCUCAGAAAACGCGAUCGUUUUGGAUUUAUUAUCUACAAACUGAAUGUCAGUAUUCUUUGAAGCACAAUUUAAAAUGAAAUACUAGCACUUAGUGAAUUCAAUCAGGACCAUUUGAACCAUGAAGUCAAUUCAAAUUAUGCAGAAAGACAAUCCUUUGAAUUGAAUUGUUAAUGAUGUAAUUAGAAUAAAUGUAAGUAAAAUAUUUUAUAAGGGCAAGUGGUUGUAUGUGGACAUUUCACUUGAAAUGAAAAUAAAAUGUCUUAUAAAUGACAUCCUUUCAACAAACGG